UGCCUCAAGAACGUUCACCAGAACACUUCACCCACAGGUCUAGAGGGCGCGAUUUGACGGUCGAGGAUUGUAGGCUUCGACCAUGGGCUCCUCAAUGUUUUGGAACAGGCUCAUCCUGCGACUGCCACCAGUUCUUCGUCCUCGGUGGACAUGGCGAUACAUACUAUGCUUCGGCCUUGCCACAUAUACUGUUUACAGUCUCUUGUUCGCCUCGCCCUUACUUUCGUCUAAGCUACCAGCAUAUACGGGACCGCAUCAGGUCGGCACUAUCGACCUCGAAAUCCCUUGCGACCCCCGCAGAAUCAAUGAUGCCACACUCAAAGAUGGCGGCCACCCGGCCUUUCAAGUCGAAACUGUACUCUUCACCCUGUACUAUCCGUCCGUCAAAGGUGUAGUGUCUCACAAGUCUCACCAUCACUGGGUUCCUCGACCCCUUGGGAUAGUCGGCGCUGGAUAUGCACGCUUCGCCAGGAUCAGCAACUUCUUGACCAAUUCACUGAUGACCUUUGGCUUAUGGGCAUUGGUUGGCGGCACCAAGAUUCCUGCACAUGUCGACGUGCCACUUCACGAUGGGCCAAUCAUCUUGGAGACGCCUGAUGCUCUUACUUCAACCAUGGAUACAUUUGCCGGGUUCCCGGUCAUGGUCUUUUCACACGGGAUGGCAAGCUCUCGAACGCAGUAUACGCAAUAUUGCGGAGAACUCGCCAGCCGGGGGUAUGUUGUUGCUGCGAUAGAGCACCGGGACGGCAGCGGACCAGGCACAGUCAUCAAGAACUCAUCGGGAGGUGAAAGGACUUUGCUGCAUUUCUCUCAUCGACAUCUACACGACGAUGCUGGGCUGGACAGCCAUACGUUCAAGCAGGCUCAACUUGAUUUCCGUCAGGCGGAGGUAGAAGAGACUGUCCAAGUUCUUCAAUACAUCAACGACGGCCACGGGGAUAUGAUCUUCGUGCAGAACUCUCGAGGUGAGGGCCAGCAUCUGAAGCACUGGCACGGCCGUCUCGCCAUGAAUACCACCACCAUUGGAGGACAUUCGUUCGGUGCCACCUUAGCACUGCAAACUUUGAAAGACGGGCCAUCUGAAAAGCUUCCUUUCCAGAGCGCUGUUGUCCUCGACCCUGGCAAGCAAAGCGGCCCGUUGAAUCCUGACGUGAAUGUCUCGACUCUAGUCAUCCAUUCGAACUCCUGGUCUAGCAGACGCUCUAUCUUCUUUGGCCGGGCCCAUUUCGAAGUGGUCAAGGAUGUAGUACUCGGGGUCUUGAAAAGAGGCAAAGACGCGUGGUUCAUGACUUCACGUACGUGACUGGAUCCAAAGGACUCCGAAGGCUAACCCUCUGCAGUUGGUACAAGUCACCCUUCAGUCACCGACGCUCCAUUGAUCGAGCCACUGCUCCUUGGCUGGACCACUGGAUCUACCAUCGAUGCACAUGAAGGUGUGCGGCAGUACGUCAAAGUGUCUCACAGGUUCCUGCAGUAUCAGACAUCUGGAAUCAAGCGUGGGAUAUUGUCGGAAUGUGUGACGCAUCCCGAGUUCAAUGUGGAAGAGAAAGACAGAUUUGAGAAAGGGGAGCUGUCGCGGGAGAUUUGGAAGUAUUGGCAGAUCCAUGCUGCACCUUGCGGGCCUGAAGAAGGCGAGGAUGGAGUGUGAGAUACUUGGAGACGGCCGUAAGCUUCCCAUCCCCAGGCGCUGUUGGUAGCAGAGGCUUAACACGUUGUGCGAGUCUCUCUGGCGACUUACCAAGGGGAAGAGCUGGUACAGACUGAUGGUCAAACGCCGUGAGUUCAGCAUAUCCUCGCAACGGCUCGGGAAAGAGACUCCUUGGACAGAAAUUGUUCGGCUCAGGAGCAGUUGAGGCCGUGCUCGGAGUAUAAAAAGCACAGGUGAGGAUAUGAAACAUGAAAUGACUGGACAUGUGUGUUGGCAACUGGGAGUUAUUUAAGCCCCCAGUUCCUCAGGCGAGAAUUGUGGUUCCUGGACCGUGGUUCUGGUUCACGGGGACGGAUCACAUCAGUCAGCAAGUCUAAUGAUCCUUUGACCGUGUUCAGCCUUGUGCGAGUACUCCGUACAGUAGGUAGAAUGAACAUCAUUCCAAUCCG